AUGGACGACUCGGACGUUUUCGACGCCUAUGGAGGGCUCCAGACGCAGCCUGGGAUCCAGGAAGAUCAACAUGAGCAGCAAUUAGAACAUCACCGACAUGUUUGUCAAGACAGUGGCAUCGAGGGCCCCACGCCCGCUGCUGCUUCCAUGUCCAUGAGGCUAUCAUGCGACCGAUGCCGCCUGCAGAAACUGAAAUGCACCGUACCUAGCGGCUCUACUAUCUGCGCGAUGCGCCAGAGCGAAGUGCUUGGGGCCAGUGGGACACCAGGACUGACUUCUAAAUCGUCAUCGGCCUCAUUGUCGACCCAGUCCGCUUACCGCUCCCUAUCGCCGGACUGGAACUUGGACCCCUUGAUAACGGGAUCUGCUAUAAUAGACGACCCCUUCGGUAUGUACUCCUUUGUUGAGCAACAAAAUUGCUGCCCGGAGGAGACAUAUGGGACUGCUGGUCCCGAGUACGACAAUGGCUUGGAUCAGUUCGCGUGGCUGCAGCACAGUCAUGCAUUGGAAGAUGAAAGACUAGGCCGAGCGGGUGCCUCACCACAGCAAUCCUCCACCAACCCCGUCCUGCUGCUGGCUCCGGCAGAUCCUUCUUCCCAACAGAUCAACAUCAACAUCUAUCCACAUUCAAACAGCUAUAAAGAAGUUUCUUCUUCUUCUUCUUCUUCUUCUCAGACCAGCCUGCAGCUUACCUGUCUGGUAUCACAGAUACAAAGUCAGCUGCAAGAGCUAGAGGAGGGCUGCUGGCAACAAUGGGAAAGCAGAACCAACCUCGACGACCACCCAGAUGCUACUACUGGUCUCGACCCCAGCAGCAAUGGCCGCCCGCCGUCGCAAUCAGAAGCAGCAGUGGAUACCCCAACGGUGCGGCUCAUUACGGCCAGCUAUAUGUGCAUGAUGCAAAUACACAGCCUUGUAUUAGACCACUUCAAGCGAUGCUUGGCCAAUAUACCCGGGCCUAACAUGAAGCAAGGCCUUGAGCAGAUCGUCUGGAUUGACUUUCACAACCCCUUUGCCUGCUUACGAGGCCGCUCGGUGUUGCUGACGAGCGCCGCCCCUCUAUCGCGACGCCAGAUCAGCCAGGAUGAUCCGGCAUAUGUCAUCUACACGAGUGGAUCGACUGGAACUCCCAAGGGUGUGAUUACGUGUCAUAGCAAUGCAAUAGCAUAUCUACGCGCCUGGGAUUCGAGCUCCGCCAGGUUACCAAUUGGUCCGCGCUUACGCUGGAUGAUCAUGUCGGCACCGACAUUCGAUAUCAUGUUAAUGGACAACUUCAUGCCCCUUCUCAAGGGCGGCACCGUUUGCAUUGCAGCGCGCCAGCUGUUACUUAGCAGUCCAGAGAGCAUUAUGCACGAACUACGAGCCACCGCCACAUUCACAGUAGGAAGUCUAGCAAUGCUACUUCGACCCGAGAGGCUUCCGACUCUAGAUACAAUACUAGUGGGUGGUGAGCCAAUGGGACAACGUAUCGUGGACAAUUUUGCGCAGAAGCCCGAAGCGACGGUGGCGGUCACAAAUCACAUCUGCCACACCGAUUCACGCCCAUCUGUCCUUGGUGCUCCAUUGCCCGGUACACGACUUGUUGUUCUCGAUGAGACUAAAUUCAAAGAAAACGGACAAUGCGUUCUUGCGCCGCUCGGCGUAGCUGGCGAACUGGAGAUCAGCAGCCCCCAGCUGUCACCUGGGUACCUGAACAGGCCUAAAGAGACCGCGCGAGCUUUUAUUCAUGACAUAGAAUUCGGCCCCUUGUACAAGACCGGUGAUCGCGUACGGAUUGUAUGGACCGGAGACGGAGAGCCAAUGAUUGACUAUAUCGGGCGCAUUACUUCAGACCAGGUCAAGCUAAAUGGUCGGCGCGUGGAACUGCCCGAAAUCGAGGACGUGCUUUCCCGGGCUGAAGUAGCCGCUCAGGUGGCGGUACUCGUCUUCAAGUCCAGGCUGGUGGCGUGCGUAAUGCCAUGGGCCGGCGAUGUCAAGAAGGAUGAAGCUGUGAUCGAGGCACAGUGCCGUGCAAACGCAGAACGAUUCCUGCCGACAUGGAUGCAGCCAAGGCAGUAUCUUGUUAUGGACAGGCUCCCUUAUUCUGUUAACGGCAAGGUAGACCGCAGAGCUCUUGAGGCCAUCAUUGCUCACAACGAAGAGUCUGCGACAACAGCAGUGCUUCCGGACCAAAACAGCAUCCAAGAUUCAAUGACCGUGGACUCGAGCUUGCGAAACGGCAACACUUUACACGAAACCACAAAUGACCGACUACAUGAUGCGCCGUCUAUUGACGUGGCUUCUGCUGUCCACGAAGCCUUGGCCGACGCGCUGGAGGAUAUUGAUAUUCAGGAUUCUACCGUUCUGGCUGAUACGGGGCUUGAUAGCCUGCGUUCACUGGUUUUUUUGCAGAACCUUGAAGAUCAUGGCAUUGUUGAAUUAGAAAUACAGGACGUCCUGAGCGCUAUCCACGUCGAUGACAUUAUCAAAAUGAUUGAUGAGCGGAAAAGGCGAGCUGGUAGCAAAAAAGCAAACACAGUGCUACACGAGGCCGCCAACAGUCAUCCUGCGGCGGCAACUAACGACACUGCUCCUGUCGUCCACGAAGCUGUCUAUGAUACUAGCCUCGAUACGAUGAUCGAUGGCCGGCAAUCAGGUGGUAUAGAGACAUGGAACUUGACCAACGCUAUAGCAGCUCGCGACCCCAAUAACAAUGAAGCUCACAUUGUCGCAGCCACUACUUCUACCACCGCCAUCACCAGCACUCCCAGCCCGCUUGUAGAUGGGAUCGACGUUAGCAAAAUUGCGGCGGACGACGCUGAUGAGAUAUUUGACCUGUCGGUAGCGGCCAAGCUCCGACACUUUGACUACCAUUGUCGAGCACCCGCGCUCGCAGCUUUGGGGUUGGAAAGCACCCAGGUCGAGCAAGUCCUGCCCGUGACAAACGUACAGACAAGGUUUCUAGCACUGGCUAUUGACCCUGAGUACUUUGACAAGACACGACUGAUUGGGAGACCGCAUGUCACACAUUUCCCAUACGCGCUGCCCAGCGCCAUGGACCCUGCACGGUUUCAGCGCGCCGUCGACGCCAUCCUCCCGCGAUAUGAUUGUUUCCGUGCGGUCUUCACGCCUGCAGUGCAUAGCCUGGCGCCUUUUGCACAGGUCAUCCUUUCGCCUUCGGCAACGAAGAUUCCGAAGGUGGAGAUCAUCUGUGACGAUGCUGAUGCUGAUGCUCCAGAGAGUCUAUGGCGAGAAACAAUCAACGGAGCCCAGUUGGCUGCAGAAGCCGCCAUGAGCAUUGACCGGCCGGGUAUCACUAUCUCGUGGGUCUGGUCGCAAAGCCGCGCGCGCUGUGUCUUCAUUAUGUCAUUGUUCCAUGCCAGUUAUGAUGGAACACAGCUGCAGUAUAUGUUUGAUGCCGUCCUCGCUGAGUACGAACUGCCUGGCUGCAAGCCACCAGUGGACGUCCUGCCCAUGCGUCGAGCAGUCGAGUUGAAUCUCAGCUACGACUGGGUGUCGACCGUCGCCUUCUGGGCCAGGCGAGUCGGAGGUGUCCCCGGAAGUAGACUAGGGUCCCGACAACCUAAUCCCAAGGCUCUCCUUCCCGGAUCACGAGCAGGGUACAAUAUGACACAUAUGCGAAGCCUCAGCGUCAAGGCAAGCAUGACCAUGCGACAGCUUUCCCAGGCAGCUGUGGCCAUGUCUAACACGAUGCUCACGGUAGUGGAAGCGGCGUGGGCCAGUGUCCUGGCACAGACUUUCACUGAGCAGCAGCGCGUCAACCCCCUGGACAUACAGUUCGGGACCGUCUUGAACGGACGGCGGCAUCAAGACUCACUGCGCUGUAUGGCACCAAUGGUGGCGGCACUGCCCUUGCGUCUCGUGGUGAACAAUGACGGUACACAGCGACGCAUCACCAAUCGCGAGGUCUGUGCACUCCUGGCUACACAACGGAACGAAGCACAACCAUUCCUACAACUGCCUUGCCCGACACUAGCUCACGCGCGAAUGGGUACAGACCGCUUCGAUACGCUGAUACUGCUGCAAGCUCUACAGCCUGAGUCGAGUCGGCAGACAUUACGCGAGCUGCCAGGUUUCAACUUUGACGAGAACAUGAUGGCGCCGUAUAAGGAGAUUGAUGUUGGUUUUCCAAUGGUGACGGAGCUGUGGCCGGGAAGCUUACGUUGGGACGAAAAAAUGUUCAUCCGGUGUGCGUAUAGUACGUCCCGGCUUGACUUUUUGAACCGCGAGUGGGUAUUGGCAGCUUUGUCGGCGCUGGACGAGGCUAUUGUGCGCAUAACGUCUGAGCCAGAUGCGGCCUUCUACACGGGGUAG